UCCCAACAGAUGGCAGGCUUAUGAAUAGCCUCGGUUUCAUUUAGACAGAAGUCAUCAUGCCUGCGAUUAUCGUUCUCAAUCAAAAUACCAAGCGAGAGUCUGGAAGAAAGGUGCAGUUGGGGAAUAUUGCCGCCGGAAAGGCCAUUGCAGACGUUAUACGAACAUGUCUAGGACCACGGGCCAUGUUAAAAAUGUUGAUGGAUCCCAUGGGGGGCAUUGUAAUGACCAACGAUGGCAAUGCAAUUCUCAGAGAGAUCAAUGUAAAGCACCCAGCCGCCAAGUCGAUGAUAGAAGUUGCUCGUACCCAGGAUGAGGAAACUGGUGAUGGAACAAAGUCGGUCAUCAUUUUGGCGGGAGAGGUUCUGUCUGUAGCUCAGCCGUUUCUAGAACAGCAGAUGCACCCGACGGUGAUCAUCGCAGCGUUCAGACAGGCGCUUGAAGACAUGCUAGAUAUCAUGAAGGACAAGAUCAGUGUUCCUGUUGAUAUAACUAACAGAGUAGAGAUGCUGAAAAUUGUCAAGAGUUGCUUGGGAACGAAGUUUAUCAGCAAAUGGAUGGAUUUAGCAUGUCAGAUUGCUUUGGAUGCCACAUCAACUGUUGCCAUGGAAGAGAACGGCAGGAAGGAAAUUGACAUCAAAAGAUACGCUAAAAUUGAAAAGAUUCCAGGUGGACUGCUGGAAGAUUCACGUGUUUUGAAAGGUGUUAUGGUCAACAAAGACGUCACGCAUCCCAAAAUGAAAAGGAAAAUUCAAAACCCACGAAUUAUGUUGCUGGAUUGUAACUUGGAAUAUAAGAAAGGAGAAAGUGUGACAAAUGUUGAAAUGACAAAAGAAGAAGAUUUCACGAAACUUCUGCAACUGGAGGAAGACUACAUUAAGAAAAUGUGUAACGAGGUUCUGGCGUUCAAACCCGACCUGGUGAUCACGGAGAAAGGCGUGUCCGACCUCGCACAGCACUUCUUUGUCAAGGCCGGUGUCAGUGUCAUCAGGAGGGUGAGGAAAUCGGACAACAACAGGAUUGCCAGAGCUUGUGGAGCAACAAUAGCCAACCGAACAGAUGAGAUACGUGAAGAAGACAUUGGUACCUCGUGUGGUCUCUUUGAAAUUGAGAAAAUAGGAGAUGAUUACUUUACAUUCCUCGUAGAAUGCAAAGAUCCAAAAGCGUGCACAAUUCUACUGCGAGGGGCCAGUAAGGACAUUCUGAAUGAGGUGGAACGUAAUCUCCAGGAUGCCAUGAACGUGGCCCGGAACGUUAUGGUAAACCCUCAGUUGGUUCCAGGUGGUGGAGCCACGGAAAUGGCUUUGGCUCAGGCACUGAAUGAGAAGGCGAAGAGUAUAACGGGAAUCCACCAAUGGCCGUACCGGGCUGUGUCGCGAGCCCUGGAAGUGUGUCCGAGGACUCUGAUACAGAACUGUGGAGCCAGCACUAUCAGAACACUGACGGCUCUUCGGGCGAAACAUGCUCAGCCGAACUGCAGCACCUGGGGAAUUGACGGAACGACAGGCAGCAUAGUGGACAUGAAGGAGUACGAGGUGUGGGAGCCAAUCACUGUCAAAUACCAGGUCUUCAAGACAGCCAUCGAGACUGCCAUGUUACUGCUGAGAAUUGACGACAUUGUGUCAGGUACGAAGAAGCAAUCCGACAUUGGUAGCGCAGCACCCCAGGCUACUCAGACACCAGGACCUGAAGAUUAAAACCACAACUAAUAGAAUUCACUGUCACUCUCGGUCACAGUCCAUACAUUUACUGGACUGAAAAACCCUGAAGACAAAGAUGUGAUUGCAUCUGUUGGCAUUUCUGCACCCAUAGACUUUUUGACUGCAUCUAUUCUUUUUUUUUUUGCUAGAACUUUUUUCAAAUAUUCAUGUGUUAAACUGUUCAGAUAUCUUCAUUUGGAUCGUGAAGUCUCACCAUUAAAAUCAAGAUUUCAUCAAAUGCUUUUGCUGUUUGUAAAAUAAAUAAAUAUAUUUCUUACCUGUGAA